CUGAGGGGCAACCUCAUGGUGGAGGAGAGAGAGCGAAGGAGAGAAGGCGCCCCUCGGGGAAGUCAGUGCCGUAACAUUCCCUGGGAAACCCAGCAGGGAAUUCAGGAGGAAGUGUUGAGACUGGGAGGCGCUGGCACAGAGUGUGACUACAGGGGAGGCUGCUUACAGCAGGGGGGAGGGGAGCAGGGUCUGGUUGGGCCAAAUGGCCUGUUCCUGUGCUGUAUAUGUGACCCCUGCCCCCUUUCCCUAUCCCUCCUGUCCCUGCUUCCUGGCUCCCUCCAGUUGAGUGUCCCGGCUCUGGUGAGGGGCGAUGGCAGUUUCCGAGUGACGAUGAUUCCAGGGGACGGAGUGGGUCCGGAGCUGAUGCACGUCGUCAAGGAGGUGUUCAAGGCGGCGGAGGUGCCGGUGGUGUUCGAUGAGCACCACGUGAGUGAGGUUCAGAACCUGGUGUCUGAGCACAAACUGGAGCAGCUGCUCGACUCCAUGAAGGCCAACCGGGUGGCCAUUAAAGGGAAGAUCUACACUCCGAUGGAAUACAAGGGGGAGCUCUCGUCCUACGAGAUGAAGCUGAGGAAGAAGCUGGACCUGUUUGCGAACGUGGUUCACGUGAGGAGUUUGCCCGGGUUCCCCACCCGGCACAACAACCUGGACCUGGUGAUCAUCCGUGAGCAGACCGAGGGAGAGUACAGCUCGCUAGAGCACGAGAGUGUUCCGGGGGUCAUCGAGUGUUUGAAGAUCAUCACCAGGGAGAAGUCGCGCAGAAUCGCCAAGUUCGCCUUUGACUUCGCCACCAAGAACGGUCGCAGCAAGGUCACCGCCGUGCACAAGGCCAACAUCAUGAAGCUGGGUGACGGGCUCUUCCUGCAAUGCUGCAAGGAGAUGGCUGAACUGUAUCCCAACAUCAAGUACGAGUCGGUCAUCAUCGACAACUGCUGCAUGCAGCUGGUGUCCGACCCCUACCAGUUCGACGUGCUGGUCAUGCCGAACCUGUACGGAAACAUCAUCGACAACCUGGCGGCAGGUCUGGUGGGCGGGGCCGGGGUGGUCCCCGGAGAGAGCUUCAGUUCUGAGUACGCAGUCUUCGAAACGGGAGCUCGGCACCCGUUUUCCCAGGCCAUGGGCCGGAACAUCGCCAACCCCACCGCCAUGUUACUGACUGCUGCCAACAUGCUGAAGCACCUUAACCUGGACUUCCAUUCCACCCUGGUGGCCGAUGCUGUGAAGAAGGUGAUCAAACAGGGCAAGGUUCGGACCAGGGACAUGGGCGGUUAUAGCACCACCAGUGAUUUCCUGAAGAAUAUCAUCGAGAAUCUGCACCCUCCUCGCCUCCGCUAGCCCAGCGCCAUCAAUGGAGGGGCUGCCUGCCUCCUCGAGUCCCGGCUCCGGGCCCAGCAGUUCCUGUGGGGAUGGAUGGCCCAGGGUCCACGUCUGACAACCCCUUGGGUGCUGGCCUUUUGGGCUUAGAGAGCUGGACAUCGGAAAGGGAAGAGGUGACCCCUCCCUCCUGAUCUAACCCAGUGUAACCAGCAGCCUGGCGCACACUCUGCUCCUCAUUGGCUGAUUGGUGUUGGUUUAUUAUUGUCACUUGUACUGAGGUACAGUGAAAAGCUUGUCUUGCAUACCUUGGCUUUUUAACCAGGGCUGUCAGAGGAGUGGACUGGAACCUGAAACACUGCUGGCACAGGUGAUGUGAUGGACGAUAACCACCUCCCUCCCAGUUAGUCCUGACCUCCAACUUUUUUUGAAGAAUUCUGGCGAUGAAGUAGAAUCAUGUUAUAGAUUUGAGAUGAUUAGCGUUUCGAGGAGUGGGCAGCCCUUCCCCUGGACCAUCUGUUACAAUCCCUGUAAAAUCCUGAAACAAGCAGCAAAUAAACAUUCCAUCCUCUCAGAAGUUCCUGUCUCCAUCACUCACCCAUUCAGUGAUCCCUGGACCACCACUGUGGACUCAUUGUCCAGACUAUUUAUAUUCCUGGGGCACGGUCAGUGUUGUCAUCUGCAGGAGAAAUGUGUUCCGUCUUGUGAUGUUUCAGGAAAGGAAGGUCCGUCUCAGCACCGAUACCACAGAGUGAAGCUCUAGCUGUAAAUAAAUGACUGGGAUGUAGUGAGAGGUUGUCUGGUCUGUACUCUCUGGAGUUUGGAAGUGAGAAGCACACAGUGGACAUGAUGGUAGCUGCUGGGUGUUAAACCAGUGUUUUCAGGACAGGGGAUCAGGGAGAAUAUUCUGUAAAUAUUGGUUGUAGACAUUUGUUGGCGAUGACAGCAUUUAUUGUCCAUUCCUAAUUGCCCCCAAGGGUAAACACAUCGUCUGGAGUUGUGUACAGACCAGAGUGGGAGAAGGUGGCAAUUUGAGCUGUCUCUGAACCACCAGUGCAGAAGCCUGGCUUCUCAGCCCGUAACAACCACAAUGCUGCUGUAAUCCUCACCAAGCCCAUCACCGAUACCAGACCCCUGCUGUUAACAGCCUUUGAUGUCGAUUCUCUCCCCAGGUCCGGACCACUGACAUGGGUGGCUACUCAACCUCAGCAGAAUUCACAGCAGCUGUCAUCACCAACCUUGGCACCUAAGGUCUAAUGACUGGCCACUCACCCUACCCCAUGUGUUAGUGCUGCCCUGCCCUGCCACCUCUGGCCCACUAGCCUGUGAUGUUAACCUGUUAAAUGUGAAUAAAGACAAUCAUUAUA